AUGGGUGAUAUCAUGGUACAGUGCAGUAGAGAGAUGUAUCCAAAGUAUCACGUGGAUCCUGACAUGGACAGCUUCUGGGACCCGGAUUACAAAGUGGAGGAUGAGCGGCUGGGCUGCUUGGCCGUGUGUGGCAUGCGCCGGCUCAAGUUGACACACAGCGACGGCCGCAUCAACGUCGCUAACGUGCGGCGCUUUCUCACCGCAAACGACGCCGUAAAUAGCAAGGUGUCUAUAGACCCGAACACUCGAUGGCAGCUGGAGCAGAUGUUCGUGAAAUGCCACGAGGACAGCGGGUUUGCGCAACGCACGUGCAGCGCCGGCCUGACCGCGCUACGCUGCUACCGCACCACCAUCGAGCAGUUCGGCUGGGCGCCUGGCAGCUACUGA